GCCAUCAUGGAAACGCCAGAGCCACCACCGACCACUCACACUCUGAGGCCACACCAUCUCUGCCUCCUCAUGAUUAUAAUGCUAGUAAUCAAGCACAUGGAACGGACAACAGCCAACAAUGACUUCCUAAUGCAUGUACUUCCGGUGCUGAUAUACGAGGUCGCAGAGGUUUCCCGUCCCAAAACAUAUACACAACUACUCGCGAUAUUUUACAUGCUUCCUCAUAGUCAAGAUCCUGGAGCUGUUCAAUUCUUUGAAUCAAUCAAACCGAUGCAUGUGGAUUUUGUCUCCGUGGACCAUCUCGCAAAUUUCUUCGCAAGUAAUGAUGUUCUCAUGUUUAGUGCUCGACGUUCUCUGCUCGGCUACUACUGCCGCAGGUGUCAUACCACCUACCAGAAGAUGUCCUACAACGGCAUCGCCAAGCUUAUACAAGACUAUCACGACUGGAUCUACGUGAAUCCACUGGCAGGUUACCACCCGGUGAGGAAAGACAUCAUCACCUAUGACACGGUACUGCACAAGACACAUGCAGACGAAUACCAGUGGGCCAUACCGGAUCCCUACGCCGUCUUCGAGAGAGGCCUGGCGAUCGCUGAUACAAACGUGGCCUCCGAAAGUCUUCGCCGCUUCUUCGAGCAACAUUUCCACGACGGCAGUGAUUCAGGGGUUCGUCAGCAUGCACUGCUAAACCUGUCUCGUAUGCAUUAUCUCCACCACGAAUAUGCGGCAGCUCGCAAGUACUUGGCGGAAGCCAUUGAUGUGUCACGAAUAGCAAACGACAAGGAGACUCUACAGCACUGCCAGAGUUUAUUGAACAGACUCCCUGCCCUAGUUCGAGGAUCUAGACCAGCCCUAAAUGAAAUUCAGCCCGGUGUUCACCCUUUGGAACUAUUAUUUGAUGUACAGAAACUCAUGAGAGUCUCAAGCGAGCAACCGCUGAAUGCUGCAUUUGAGAAGAUUACACAAGCAGUGGGGUUGUAUGACCAUUGGAUCGACGUACAACAAAAUGUUCCAGAGGACUCGGAACAAUGGGCGCAUCAUGCUGUGCAAUCCAUCGUCUGGAGUGCGGCAGGUUGCGACAGACUUGCCGCAAUCGAGGAAGACAUUGUUACCGCAUUUACCGAAGUCGCCGGGGAUGACAAUUGUACGAUCACAGUGGCUUUGAACCGUGCUUAUCGGCGAGCACGUCAAGGAAAGUAUGAAGAAUCCAUUGCCACACUGCUCGAACCCGACGUAUGGCGUGGUCUGGCUCUCGACGACUACGUCAAAUGGGCUACCGAGAUAUGGAACAUCCUGGUUCUGAGAGCAAGUCGUCGUGGCCAAGAAAGGCAAUACACCGACUUCCUGAAAGCUAGAAUGCCGUCAACACCGUGGAACCCGCGAUCGUAUUUCUUCAAUACGCCUGCGCCGCCAGAGUCGAUCAUUCGUGAUCCGUUGCACGAGGUCAUGCGCAUGCGACAUACCGACCAGGCAGCGAUCUCGGUUGACAAGCUGUUGAAGGCCUUGUGGCAUGCCGAAUUUCAAUGUCGGUAUGGGACUUACCGCACGGGUAUCAUUUUGCUUGCCGAUCUUGGACUCGAGUUUGGCAUGACGAAGAGGAGCAGGAGGAUUGUAGAGGAAAUUAUGCCACAGGUCAUUUCUGGAAACGACCUCGAACAGCGAGCCUUUGCGUGCUUCACGUAUGCACGAUGCAUUAUGGCUGCCGGGAACAAAUCUCAGGACUCCAUACGGGAAGCCAUUCCCUACAUUGAAAUGGCAGAAAAGGAUUACAAGACAAUAGAGAUCCUGAGGUCUCUCGCCGACACGCAGUAUUAUCUUGCCGUGAUGUACCACAACUUGGGGAUGGAGGCGGAGAGGGAUGCCGCAGCUGAGCGGCAUGAAAAGACGGAAGAGGAGAGGCAGAAGGCCGCGAUUUGCGGAGUUGAGACAUGGGUGAAGGAUGUCUGGGAUUUGGUAUGUGAGGUGGGAGUGGCCCUCGCGGCGCGGUGACCUUUCUACGUUGCUUUUCAGGUCCAUGCUGGUACAAGCGAAUUUUACUCUACGAGGACAUGUUGUUUACAUACAUCAUCUUUGAGCUGACUGCCUGAAUUUAUCAUCAACGAGAGUUCCG